AUGGACAUUCAUCAGCAGGAGAAGCGGCGUCCGCGACGAAAACGCCCGGAUGAAAUCGUCGUUGUGCCCGCCCCAGGAGUGUCCUACAAGGACAUGUAUGUGAAGAUCCGGACCAGCCCGCGGAUUGCCGAUUUCCAGCGGCAAAUUGGGGUUGGCAGAAGAACGCCGAAGGACCACCUCCUGCUGCCUUUGUCCCGCGACGUCGAUAGCGUGGCGCUGAAGGACAUCAUCCAGGAGGUCUUCGGGGAGAGUGGAUCGGUAACCGUCAGGACAGAGAUGGCUGAGGUCGUCCUGACUGGAAUCGACAACAUGAUCGACGAGGAGGCGCUCAAAAAGGCGUUCAUGACCACUCAGGGAAAGCAGUCAUUGGUGGCCACCGUGAACCUUUGGGAGCGCCGAGACAUGACGAAGCGGGCUCGCGUGCGCCUCCCACGAGCAGAAGCGGAACUCGUCAAGGAUCGCCGAUUGGAGCUGGGCUACACGUAUUGUUCGGUACAUGAAGCCCCAAAAGUAUCGGGUCAGCUGACUCGGUGCUUCCGGUGUCUGGAGCGGGGAUACAUCGCCGCGACGUGUACGGGGGAGGAUCGGUCCAAGCGUUGCUUACGGUGCGGUGACCAAACUCACAAGGCGUCGGGUUGCACCAACGAGAUCAAGUGUAUGCUGUGUGGCGGUGCUCACCGUAUUGGUGCCGCAGCCUGCGGUGGACAACCCUCGAACUGA